GUGUAUAGUGUGUGGUUAAUGUACAUGUAGUUAAAUAAUAUGUGUUUUCUUUAACUAUACAGUGAACAUAAUGUUCAUGUGUGUGUGUUUGUGUGGUGUCCAGUCUGUGUGUAGAUGUGGUGAGGUAGUCAAAUAUUAUACACACACACAUACACACACACACUAUGUUCUACCUGUAGAAAAGUGAACAGAUGUCACACUGUGUGUGUGUGUGUGUGUGUGUGAGAGAGAGAGAGAGAGAGAGAGUAUUUCCUUACAGCAGAGGGGAGCAUGUGGCAGCAUGUCAGCUUCUACAAAGAGAACAGGAAGAUCACAUAUAGCAUAUUAGCGGGGCUCAGACACACACAAACACACACUACAAAGUCUGUUCUCUCUACAGUUAAGGAAACAAUAUAUAUUAACUAGGAUUGUGUGUAAGCCGAGCAUCAGCAUCUGUCCUGAACCUGAACUGCAGCCUGGUCCUUCUGCCAAUGUGCAGAUCCAUCCUCACUGUACUGAGGGGACAAACACAGGUAAACAGUAGAAAAGUGCGUAGGUUGUUGGAUAAAAGUAAAACCUUCCACGUGGCGUGUGGUGUUGCUAUUUGCGUCUUCUCAGUGGUACAUGUGAGCGCUCAUCUGGUGAAUGCCGUCAGCUUCUCUGUCCGAUUCUCAGAUGAUUUUCCUGACCUCAAUGUCGCACAUUUCCGGGGCCAGGAUCCCCGUGUCCUCAUUCUGACCACAGUUCCUGGGAUUACAGGCAUCCUAUUGGUGCUCAUUUUAUUCCUGAUGUUUACAGCGUCUUCGCACAGUAUACGUGUGUGCAGCUAUGAGAUCUUCUGGUACACUCACAAUCUUUUCAUAAUCUUCUACAUCAUACUGAUGCUGCAUGUGCUGGGAGGGGUUUUAAAGUACCAGACGAAUGUGGAAGCCCACCCACCAGGCUGCGUCUUAGCCAAUCAGACGCGUCCAACUGAUCCGACGGCAAGAGAAGGAAAGAGAGUGGAGUCAGUCAAAGGCACACCUACAGUGUGUAGUGAAGAGGCCAAGUUUCAUCCUCAUUUUCCCCAGACGUGGCUGUGGGUCUCGGCUCCUCUCUGUCUGUACUGUGCCGAGAGAGUGUAUCGCUAUGUGAGGGGCAGCACCCCUGUUACCGUGGUAUCUGUCUCCAGGCACCCCUGUGAUGUAAUUGAGGUGCGCAUGCUGAAGAGUGGCUUUAAGCCCCGCCCAGGACAAUACAUUCUGCUGAACUGCCCAAGUGUUUCAUCAUUUGAAAACCAUGCAUUCACUCUGACUGCAUGUCCAACCCAGAACAAAGAAACAUUUGGAAUUCAUAUUCGAGUGCUUGGGGACUGGACGAAAUGUUUUUCACAGCUGUUGCUUCCCGAGUCAGAACACUCCGAGAUCCUUCCCAUGAUGCAUCAGCACAGAUACCCCAAGCUGUAUGUGGAUGGUCCGUUUGGAAGUCCGUCUGAGGAAGUGUUUAAUUAUGAAGUGAGUGUGUGUGUAGCUGGAGGGAUUGGUGUUACACCCUUCGCUUGCAUUCUACACACACUGCUUGAUGACUGGCGUCACUAUAAGCUACAGAGACUCUACUUUGUGUGGGUGUGUCGAGAGUUGCAGUGCUUCUACUGGUUUGCUGAACUGCUGUGUAGUUUAUAUCGCAAGUUGUGGGAGGAGAAUCGCCCUGACUUCCUGAAUAUUCGUCUCUAUCUCACAAGUACACAUAAGCUACAGAACCUCAGAGAAGAAAAGUACCGCCCCCUGAGUUCCAGGCUGCUGAUUGGUCGACCCAAUUGGAAGCAUCUUUUUCAGGAGAUAGGGAAAGCCAAUCGGCAUAAGAAAGUGGGCGUGUUCUGCUGUGGCCCUAAAAGUAUCUCCAGAGAGUUACACAAACUUUGUAACUCCUUCUCAUCUUCAACAACCAUCUUCGAGUACAACAAGGAGUCCUUCAGCUAACACACGCUGAAAAUGACUUUAAAAUGAACUUCAUCAAAUAAGAACCAAAAAAUAAA